UUCGUUUCAGCUGCAUAUCUUCACCAAUUAAUCUGUGCUCUUCGAUUCACAACUGCCCGUUUCUGUUACCAGCGACUUCACAAUACCCUUGUUCACCACCUAUCAGUAGUUAUCGAUAUGGUCCGCUUCAAGAACCGCUAUCUCCUAGUCGAGUUCCUCCUCCCUACUUCCCUUUCUUCAACACUCGACGCCCAUUACGACUCUAUGGAUCCUAUAAUACCAAAGGAACAAGCUCUGGAAGACAAUGAUUCUGAGGACGAAGAAGAUGAAGAGGAAUUUUCUCCGAUACCCUCACUGCGGUUUAUGGUCCCUUCUAUACUGCCCGAUAGCCAACUAGGAGAAGAAGGAGGACAAGGGAUAUACAGGGCUAUAAGAUCCACUGUGAUCAGUGUCUUUGGAGAUGAGGGCUGGGGAAGAAUUGCUAGUUCAUUUCGAGUGAUAUAUCAUUCUCCCCUGACAACCCUUACAUUUCUCCGUGUCGCCCGUCCACACUAUCGUCUCUUAUGGUCUGCAUUGACGUUCAUAACUUCCCUGGAGAAUAUACCCGCUAUCCCACGAGUCAUUGCAAUCUCGGGUACUAUCAAGAAACUUCAGAAUCGGGGGAUAGCAUAUCAUCGUGCGAUGGUCGGAGCGUUGAUCAGUGCUGGUGUGGAUAAGAGCAAGACAGGGAUCUCUGGAGUUGGAGGCGGAAAGUUGCAGAAGGAAGCGGAGCAAGAAAGACAAGAAAUGGAAAGGAUGCAAGAGACAUAGUUUCAUAGGCUGUUACGAUAUUUUAACGAGUUUUAAUGACAAUUAUCAUAAGUGAUGACUUAUGAUUUCAUACUUAUUCUGAG